AUGUCGGAAGGAGGAGUACAAACUGUCGUGGACCAAGUCCGGGCUGGGAAACUGCCAAGUUUCCAGCACGUUUACUCUGCUGGUGAGAUUACAAUACGCUUGGUUUGUCCUUUGCUAAUUCUUGAUGAAGCUGGAGGUGCAUACGGUGCAACGCCUUUGACUGAGUUAAGCCUCAAAGAAUUGCGUCAGAUUAUGAGUGUCAACUUCGAAUCAAACUUUUUCGCUUACCGUGCGACCAUCCCAUAUUUGCUAGAACAAAAGAAAGCAACUAGCUUCACACUCUGUACCGGAGCACAGGGUGACAUUGGCGCUCGAGCAGCACCCGCUAUCUCACAAGGUCCUCUCUUCUCGAUGGCUAACGUAGCCUGCCGUGACAAUACUGAUUUGAGCAUUCGCUUCAACGAAGUAUAUCUUAAUUGUCGGGUUGAAGUUGAUUCAUCGGCCGCUCAAACGGGAGCAAUGAAAUCAUCAGAUUUUGCUCAUGUUUAUACGGAACUACUUUCCAGACCGGAAAUCAAGAGUUCUCGCAUAAUUGUAUCCAUGUAUGAUGAUCUGAAGGAUUUGAAGCACAAGAUGAAGAUUAUUUGA